GACGUCAUUUUACGAGUCUCCUUUCAAACUUGGAUCAUAAGUGCCUACCGAUGUAUGACUGCGAAAGGCUGUCCGUGAGAAGAGAAAGGGAGGAUCGAAUUUCUUCAUUUGUAAACAUUAGAUUUCAACAAUCUGUGAUUGAAUAGCUAGAACUCCUUUUUGAGGAUAUUAAGCUUUAUAAAGACUUACUUUAAAAACACAUGAAAUGGCGGCUAGCAGUGCCGGAGGAAAGAACUUCAAGGUGGUUUUGCUCGGAGAAGGCUGCGUCGGAAAGACGUCACUGGUAUUGCGAUACGUAGAAAACAAAUUCAAUGAUAAACACAUUACAACAUUGCAGGCAUCAUUUCUCAACAAAAAGCUGAAUAUAGGAGGCAAACGCGUAAACCUUGAUAUAUGGGACACAGCAGGUCAAGAGAGAUUCCAUGCAUUAGGACCUAUCUACUACAGAGAUAGCAAUGGGGCAAUAUUAGUGUAUGAUAUAACAGAUGAAGACUCAUUCACAAAGGUUAAGAACUGGGUAAAGGAAUUGAAGAAGAUGCUAGGCAAUGAUAUCUCAUUAUGUAUAGCUGGGAACAAAAUUGACCUGGAAAAGCAGAGAAAUGUAUCAGUAGCAGAUGCAGAGGCAUAUGCUGCGUCAGUCGGAGCAAAACACUUUCACACAUCAGCUAAACUCAACAAGGGAAUAGAAGAAAUGUUUCUAGAUCUUAGCAAACGUAUGUUAGAAUCGAACUUUCUCGAUGAUGGUGGAGGAAGCAGUAGCAGAGCAUCUAAACACAAAAGUGUAACGAUAGUAGAAGAUGCAGAGGAGCCUAAGAGUGGAGGAUGCUGCUAAUAUACAGCCUCUGGUCAAUAGAGGGAGCAAUUCAUGUUUGUGAAGUCAAGUGUACUUCAGUGACAGGCAUGACCUGAUAUUUCUUCUUAUUGCGUUCAUGUGAUGUGGAUGCUUGGAGGAUUAGAAACUGUGAUGAGCCUUUAACUUCUACGCUACUGAAUUCUGUAAUUCCCAUAGAUUUAAUACAGGAACAUGUGGUUCCAGUGGGCAGUGGGUUAACCUGUUGACCUAUCGAGUUCUGUGAUUACAGUAGUCUUUGUACAGGGAUCACCUAGUUCUAGUAAGCAAUGGGUUCAUCUGUUGACUGCUGACUUCAGUAAUUCCAAUAGGCUAUGUGCAGGUACCAACUACUAAUUAGUUCCAUUAUGCAAUGGUUAACCUUUUGACUACUGAAUUCUGUUAGCCUAAAGAUUCUUUUUACAGGGACCAGCUGUAUCUUGUAGGCAACAGAUUAACUUAUUGAAUACUGAAUUUGGGGUUUGGCUUUCAUAAUGUGUAGGGCCGGAAGUCUGAAAAUUAUUUUAUCUUACGUGCAUUUUCAUUCUUGAAAUUGUCAUAACAGUGAAGGCACCUUAGUGAUUGGUUGAAGUGUAGAAAGUUCAGCCACUGGACCGGCAUGCAAGCCAAAAGUGUGCAAUAAAACCAAACCUGACUUCAGAUUGCUACAAUUAAAUAAGAUAAAAGAUGAGAUAAUUUUCACAAUACCGACCUAGAUUUUCAAAGGGCACAUUUUCCCUUGUAUCGGUGGUCUCAAAAUAACCAAGAGUCAUUCAGUGUAUGGCCAGGGCCGGCUUGUUGAGGGGGGGGGGGCAUAUUCAAAUUAGUUGAACCAUGUUGCGUUCACAUUAUUCUUUUGAAUCCCAAGUAGCAGCAAGAUUGUUAUUGAAAAGGUUCAUUGAAAAACAUCUGUUACAACUUGAGCAUUCUUGUGAAACUAUUCUAGUAUCAUUAUAUAUAAAUCAAGAAUCCAAACUUAAUUUUUAAGAUAAAAUCUGCAAUAUCUUAAUGGGUUACAACGAUCAUCAUCAUUCCUUUGAAUGAGGUUUUUUCAAGUUUUAGAGAUAUCUCUUGGGUAGAGGAGUAGGGGAUUACACAGUCUAUAUACUUUGAACUUUGACUGAAUGCAUGGUGAUCUUUGUGACUUUAUUCCUAUGGCAGUUUUCAUGCUAUAAUGUACAAAGUUUUGGAAUGUACAUGUAUCUUUAAUCUGCUAAUAUGUCCUCAAACAAUUCUGCUGUCAUGAUGUUUAAGCAGUUUGUGUGAUGAGUUCUUGGGAGAAAACCAAUGUAUUCUGCUAGGUAUGGGAGUAAAACUCAAAACAUUCUUUAAACAUCAGUUUACUACCAGUCGACAACAAAUACUAUUUACACUAAUUUGAAUGCUUGCUAGAUGUUGAUUACUGAUUUGAGACAUUUGAUUAUUAAAAGUGCGUGGCUAUAAUCUUUGACAUUUGACAACAAAGUGCAAGAUAACAAAUUAAAUUUUUACUAAAAUUAAAUGAAUUCUAAGAGUUGUAACUCUUCCAAGACAUGACAAUGAUGACCUUGCUAGUGACCAUUCAUCACCUAGCUGUAUUGAUAUACAUGUAUUGACACACUCUACUAAGUAAGCUCACUUAUUGUGAGUGACCAUAGCCACACCUAUUAAUCAAAUUACAUAGGAACAGUGCUGACAAAUACACCAUAAUGCUGUAUCAAUGCAACACAAUCGCAGGAAUCUUGAUUGUUUAUCAUGGUAAACAAAUUGCAAAAGGAUAUUCAUCCCAGGGCUAAUUCCUGCAUGAUGUUUACUUCAGUUGUACAUUUACAUUGAAUAUUUCAGGUUGUGUUAAUAGUAGUUCAUCUUAUUAAAUGAGACAUUGAAAUUUCAUCUGAUAAUCAGUCCAUUUAUGUGGCACAUUAGUUGCAUUAUAUCUUUAAGCAAUUCUUGUUUAUGAUUUUGUACCUAUAUAAGGUGCAUUUCAUAAUGAUAAUAAGCAGGUCUUAGAGAUGCAUAAUACUGUAACAUAUAAUCUCUAUUUGUGUGGAAGAAUUAUUGUUUUGUAUAGGGCUAAUACAUGUGCUUCUUAAAAAGGUAUGCUUUAUAGUUUCAACACAGAUUUCAAUCUAUUGAAAUCUGUUAUUGAUCUAAUAUUAUGAGGUAGGUUGUUCCAAAACUUUGGUGCCAUUUUUCCCAAUUAAUUGAUUUACUAGUAUACAUGUGUAUCAUGUGUUUUAGUGUAUUUCUUUUUCUUUUUUGGUGCCUUUCAAAAAGGGGCCUUUCUACCUGUCAUAAUCUCAAUCAAUAUGAUCUAGGCUUUCUUGCGCAAUCUCAAUUUUUUAGAGGCCUAUUCUCAUUAGAGGUUUGGGUCAUUCUAGAAAUCAAGUCUAUUGGCAAUUGAAAGCAAAGCAUUGUCAAAAACAAAUAUUGCUUCAUCUUUGUUCUCUUGAGACCAUGAGGGUGUUUCACAAAAACUAAAUAUUUCUAAAAUUACACUUUAAUUCCCAUUUACAGUAUAUAAAGCAUCUCCGUGCAUGUUUAUCAAUGAGAUUACUUACAUAUCAUGUGAGUUUUGGCAUUUGUACAUGACUUUUUAACUUUUUUUGAAUUCCCUCCAAAUAUUCAUUCUUGCCCCUGCUCAGGUAAGAAAUAUAUAAUUAUACCGGGAAAAAAUUGUGAAUUCUUGAAAGUGGUUACGAUGUACAUGUACAAGGAGGGAAAUUCUAGAAUAUACUUGAGAAUGGGCAAUAACUGAAAAUAUUCAUGAAGUAUUUCUACCAUCUCUUUAAACUAAGGAAAAUGUAUAUUGUCAUUGUGCUGCAUUACAACAACAAAAAAUGGAUGUAAACAUAGUGGAGGAAAUAUUAUGUAUGUUGCAAAGAUGCUUACUAUAGAUUCACUUUUAAAGUGAUGGUCUUAAAGAUAUUGCUAAAGCUAUAUGGAUAACAUAUUGUUGACUUUAUUAUUUAUUUAGCAUAACUCGAGUCAAUCUCAUUGAAAUUAACUUGAAAAAUAUAUAUAUGAUUUUCGUUCUGUUCAGCAGCAAUAUUUGUAAUUUACCACCUUAUUUUUGCCAUUUUGUCCUAUUCUUAUAAGUUCUUGUCUCUUUAAAUGUUAAUAUGAAGAACAUCAUUAAGAAUAGAAGGAAAGAGCAUCACGACAUUGAGCUUAUUGAGUUUCAUGUUUACUCAGCAGUAAUCAGAUUGAUGGACUUUCCUCAGAGUUGAUUUCACAUUGAUGUCAAUUUCACACUAAGCAGCAGAUGACAAUUAAAUGUAUAAUAAUAAUACCCUUUUUGGUUUGAAUGCGACACAAUAUUGAUUUCUGUAAAUCAUAAUCAUCCCAAUUGAAAGUGGAGUGCAUAUAUCACCAUGAAAACAACCCAAGUCUGUCCCUUGGCCAGAUUAGAAUUAACAUGGGGUACUGUUUCUCAUAUACAUGAGACUAUCUUAAGUGUAAUUUCAUCCUUGAAUUUCACACAGAAGUGCCAGACACGAGUGAAAAACUCACCAAAAUCCUUGUUGAAUAUGUAUGUAUAUACCAAAAUAAGUUUGUUUUUCUUGAAUUACUAAAAAUGAAACCAUGGUCAUUCUUAUAUUAAACAGUUGUUUUAUUGUAUGUAGCCUGAAAGCUAAGAAUCCACUUGCUCUCACCUCCCCCUUCUCACAAAAUACAACUGGCCAUACUGAAAUGAUCCCUCGCCGUUGAAAUCCUAAGAUUUCUUGUUUGCCGAUUUGUAUGUAAUUAAGGAAAAUGAAAAUACAAUAUAUACCAUACUUCUCUUUUUAAGAUUAUUUGUAUAUUAUGUAACUUAUCUUUGUAUUACACUGUAUUUUGUAGAUAGAUUUACUACACAUUCUAAAUACUUUACUAGUAGCAGAGUAGAGGAAUUACAAAUGAUUAAUAUUACAAGGAUAUGUGAAUACAAAGCGUAUAUAUUACUAGAACUAUUUCCUCUGUAGUUUGAUUUUUUGAACUUAUUUAUGCAGUUUUAUACUUUGCAUGUUCUCAUUCUCCCACGGCCUGAUGACCUCCCCCAAAUGUAUAAUGGAAUGUUCCUCAUUUAUAUGCGUGAGAAUGUGCCAAUUACUGUAAUGGUCUAAAAUAUAUUGUAUAUGAUAUUAUUAUGGAAAGAAAUAGAAUAUUUGACAGCUUCAGCUCAAGACUCACAUAAAGUCGCUGGGGAAGGUUUUCAGUAAGAUAGAUAGAUAAAUGGUUUAUUAAUAAAAUAAACAUAAAAACAUUGCGGCUAAGGCCAUUUAAACAUUAACAGAGAUAAUUACAUAAUAAAUAAACAAAUAUAAUAUGGUACUGAAAUUACCUGUCAUUGUGGGAUUUUGGAAUGAAAUAUUAACGGGAAACUCAAUCGGGUGUCUAGCGAAUGACUAGUGGGCAUGUCGUUUUAAGAUAACAGUUAUGUCUAUAUACAUAAAAACAUAAAUAUUCAACAUUUUGACAAAACGUAUUCUUAAAUGACGAAAACAUAAAAAGAUUAUAUGGAAUACAUUUACAUGCAUGUGUAUAAUUAUGAGUUUCUAAACAUGUGGGUAACGUAUGUGACAUUAAUUCAUCCAAUAUACUGUUUGUUUCUUCACAAUUGCUUAUAUCAUUAAUCAGCCAAGAUGAAUUUUUGGACUUGGAAAAUCAAAAUUUUUAAACAAGACUGUCAUAUAUUUCGUAGAUUACAACUGUUCCGCUUCCUUGACUUGACAUAUUUUUAUAUGCAUGCAUCACAGAUAUCAAAUUAAAGACUAGAUACAAAAGUUUUUGUAAAUCUUUUUUUUUCAAACAGCUGAUAAUUUCAAUGCAUGCAUCAUUCCAAAGUAUACAUGAAACCUUUAACUCACCUUCCCUCGGUAUUUGAGUCUCUCCUGAAAAUCUGAAUCAGCUUUUGUUUCAUGACAAGUUGAAUAAAAUUAUUUUUGGUUUAAAUCUAAGAUAUAUUUAGAUUCAAAUCCUAACAAUUGAUAUUAAAUCUAGUUUGUGGCUAGUUCACUCAUGAAAUUCAAUAUGAAUUAGGUCAUACUAGUAGUGGACAUAUUUUAAAGGCACAUUUCUAUAAAUGUGAAGUUGUUUAUAAAAAUCAUAUUAUUGCUAUGAAAUCUUCAUCAAGCUCUCUGACUUUGCAGCAAACCAAGUUUAGUUUUGGUUUAAAUAUAAUUUAUUUCCUGCAUGUUUGGUUUAUUGCAAUUUAGAUUUUAUUCUGAUGGAGAUAUUGAAUUGUUUGAUACAUGACAGCAGUUCUUGAAUUGUUGAAUCCUUCAGUAACUUACAAUGUUUUAAGUUACAUGAAAUGUAAACUAAAUGUGUAUACUGGAAAAUAAAUUGAAAGAAAAAAAGACAGAAAUGAUUAUCUAUACACAGA